AUGACUACUCCGAAGCAAUUUCCGACGCUCGUGCAGCUGGAGCAGGGAGAAGGGCAGCGAUUCGAGCAGCUCGGUGACUUCAGUAACCCGCCCUACUGGUUCCACCCUGAGUUCCUGAAGAAUCCGCGAGCAGUUCACGUCGAGGCGUGGCUUGUAGAAGAGAUCUUCGGCCGGGGCGGAGAGCACAUCCCGCAUGUCGAGUGUGUGAGCCAGACCCUGCUUCGCGUGAAUCGGUGGGAACUCGGAGGCGAGGCAGAGAUUUUGAUAUUUGGGCGGCCUUAUUACCAGCAUGACGUAGCCAGGUUGAUCAUGAAUUUAGCAGAUUAUCACCGCCAGCUCCGGACGCAAAGCUCAGAGAAGCCUCCUACCCAAGAAGCUGGGAAGCAGGAGGCAGCUGUCCAAGGCCCAGUUACCAGGUUGUGACGGCAGUUUGGCCCCGGGGCAGAAGCCCAGCAAGGAUUAAAGUGGAAGCCUCUUCUUG